UACAGAGGCUCUUCCCGCUUGUUUUGCCUUCCAUCUCCCAGCACCUCAAUCUCAAUGGCGUUUGAUGCUGCCGACAACUCACCCCCUUCUCGUUCUCACUUCAAAAAAUCAGUUUCUUUGCGAGACUGGUGGUUAACUAAACCCCAAUCGGACGAUGACAGAAAUACAAUAGGGGUUUCAGGACUCACUUCCACUUCGCAACUGAAUCGGGCUGAACGCUGCUUCUCUUCUGCACCAAUUGUCAAGGCGUACGAUUUCUUUGAAUUAGAGACUGUUGAUGGUGUAUGCGUCAUUCUGCAAGGUUACAUCAACAAAGAGAAAACGCUUGGAAGUGGAUUUUCCUCAGAGGUGUUUGAUCAUUUUGUUAUUGGUUUUCCUUCUUAUUGGGAAGAAUUUUCUACAAGCUGUCCCCAAAGAAGAUCUUCUGAUGAAUGUGUUUCAACAGCACACGAAGACGAAAAACACUCCAUUGAACAACAUGGAAAGUUUCAUGAUAUGAAUACAAGACUUGAAGAUUGUAAAGAUGAAGUUUUGAGCAGUAAAUCUACUAGUCUCUCUCCACAUGGACCCACAGAAACAGAGUGUUACAGUGGCAAAAGAUCUAGAUCAGGGAGAGUUCUUUUGCCUUCCUUGGAAUUCUGGCGCAACCAAACAGUGGUUUAUGAUGCAGGAUUGGAUCGACAAGUUACUGGAGUUUCGGUGGCAUGGGACCAUGGCAUUAGCAGGGGGCGUGUUCGUGGCAAGAACAUUUAGGGUUUAUCCCACUUUGUGAACACAAUACUGGUUUUCAUCGAUUGUUCCUUUUGAUUCUUAUGAAUUGAUUGAUUAUCUUAAUAGUUUAUAGCAACUUAGUAUCAGAGCAUGACACCUUUUGGUAAUGUAACUUAAAGGGUUAGAGUUGUGGAAGAGAAUUUGGAGGGAGUUUUUUCUUCUAUGAACGAGAUAGAAUGACUCACUUCACAAACGGUGGCGAUGGUGGAAAAACUAAACAAUCGUUAUCAAUCAAGUCUGUAACAAUUAAGUGCUUAACAAAUAAUUGAUCACUUUUCAAGUAUA